GCAGGAGGCGCCGCACGGAGGAAUUUGGUGAUCGGAGCGCUGCUGCUGACUGAGUUAUGGUAUUAAAAAAGGUCGUCAUCGUCAGUGUGCGUAGAACGAGGCGACGAGCUGCAGCACCGCCGGCUGGCUGGCUGAUGGCCGCAGCAUGCACGUCUGAUUCACUCUCUCUGCUCGCGUGUGUCUGUGUGCUGUGACAACUUUUUAUGAGCGAUCCGCGGAAUUCCACCGACGGCGGCAUGACCUGCUUAAAGGACGUCAAAAGCUCCAUUUGGGCAGCUAUAUUAAGUGAAGUACAAUCGCGCGGUAACACAAAGUUGCCAACUACUAAAUCAGUUCUUGUACUAGGAGAAAAUGAGAGCGGCAAGACCACUUUAAUCGCCAAACUGCAAGGUGUCGAAGACCCCAAAAAAGGUUCUGGCUUAGAGUAUGCCUAUAUAGAUGUGCGCGAUGAAUAUAGAGAUGAUAACACAAGACUGCGAGUUUGGGUUCUUGAUGGCGACCCCGAACAUUCCCACCUGCUCGAAUUUGCUCUCAAUGAGGAGACCUUCCCUGACACCAUGAUUAUGUUCUCGGUGUCAAUGACCUCGCCCUGGGCCAUGCUUGACCAGCUUCAAAACUGGGCCACCAUUCUUCAGGACCACAUCGAUAAAUUAAACCUAUCAGCAGACUUCAUUCAAGAACGCAAACAAUCAGUUCUGAAGAGGUGGCAAGAGUACAUGGAGCCAGGGGAUGAACUAGAGGCUAGUUCGCCAAUGAGGCACUCGACAAGGACUCUGGAGGAUGAUCUGCUGGAUGAAGAAUUGCCCCUCGGUGAGGGAACUCUCACACGAAACCUCGGUCUUGAUAUGGUCGUUGUCGUAACUAAGACUGACUACAUGGGAACUCUAGAAAAAGACAUGGACUAUCGAGAUGAACAUUUUGAUUUUAUUCAGCAGUGGAUUCGGAGAUUUUGCCUUCAGUAUGGGGCAGCUUUGUUUUACACUUCAGUGAAAGAGGACAAGAACUGUGACCUUUUGUAUAAGUAUCUGGUGCACAGAAUUUACCACUUGCCCUUCCGCACCCCAGCGCUAGUUGUAGAAAAGGAUGCAGUUCUCAUACCAUCCGGUUGGGAUAAUAUGAAGAAAAUCAGCAUCCUCUAUGAAAACAUGCAGUCAAUGAAACCAGACGAUUACUACACCGAUGUCAUAUCAAGACCACAAACCAGAAAGCCUAUUACGAGAGAAACUGAGAUUCACGCUGAAGAUGAGCAGCAAUUCCUGAUAAAACAGCAGCAGCUCCUGCAGCAGGGUGGCACCCCGUCCGCCCCCCUCGGCAUGACGAGACAGGAGUCUCCUAUGAGAACUCCGACCAGCUCGAAAACCAGUGACAGACGCACAUCCGCUACGCCUGGGUCGCAGGGUUCCCCGAAAAAGAUGUUUGGCUUCUUUCGAAGUUCUCAGUCGGAAACCACUUUUAUGGAUGGAGCCAAAGUGGGUGCGGCAGCUGGAGGGGAGGGUGUUUUAGCCAACUUUUUCAACUCGCUCUUGCACAAGAAAACAGGCUCUCCCUCCCCAGGUAAAGUGCAAGGUAUGGAUAAAGCUGCUGUUCGUUCUGACGCAGCUGCAGAACUGGACCGGUUAACCAGGAACAAAAAGCCGCCCUCUCCGACAGGAUCUCCGGACUCCUCGGCCAAUUCGAGUUUGGAGCAGCCGCCGUCAUCUACUGAUUGCUGAGUCUUGACUUGUGAUAGUUUCUCGUAUCAAGUACCACCAAACAUCUCUCUUUCUUCCCUCUGAGGAUUCCUUGUCGACCAAGAGAUCCUGAUGAGAGCUAGUUUUUUCUCCAAUUUUUUCAUUCAUCCAAAGGUCUGUCUUGAUUUGCGAUUACCCACAUUGUAAAAAUAGCACAAUGGACAACUAGCUAGUGGAAUUGAAAUCUUGUUUAUUUAUUCCAAAGUCUAAUUUAUUUGAUCCGUAGCAAAUCUUUUAGCAGAACCUUUUCCAGAUGUUGUAGAGUGUAGUUUUCGCAAUAAUAUGUUCACUAUGCUUUUAUAAGGCGAUACCCAGAACACAAAAUCUUACAUUUCAUUUGGGCAAUUGGAUGCUAAGGCAAACUAUUAAUUUUUAACUUAUUUGUAAAUUAAAUUUACUGAUCAGCUAAAUGAAUAAUAAAGAAUAUGCCAAAAUAAA